UCACGGCAGCGGAUGUUAAUGUCAUGUUGUGUGUGCUUGUAGUUGAGCUGCUGCACUACAUUACCCACAAUGCAGCUGUGCAGGUGGCGGUUUCACCUGUUUGUCCAGGUAGAGGAGGAAGGAGCGAGCGCACAGAGAGCAGCAGAGCAGAGCAGAGCAGAGCAGAGCGGACUCAUGGAGCCAGAGGAUCCUCGGGACGACUCCUUCGACUUCCUCUUCAAGAUCAUCCUCAUCGGGGACUCCAACGUGGGCAAGACCAGCCUGGUGCAGAGCUUCAAGAGCGGCCUGUUCUCCGAGGCGCAGCAGAACACCAUCGGCGUGGACUUCACCGUGCGCACGCUCCGCAUCGACGGCCGCAGAGUGAAGGUCAGAGGUCACCGCCGUUUAGAACCAAGCGCUCAGUGUGAUUCUGACACCCAACCGGUUCAACCGGAUCAGCAGGUCUGUCCUCUAUAGACGCUCAAACAGGAAGUGCUGAUCCAGAUAAA